AGAUUUCAUCACCUCCAUGAAUUCUUCAUUUUAUAACCACAGUGUUUCCAGCAGUCUGCUUUAUCGAGGCACCACGAGCACAAUUGUAACUGUGAUUGUUGUUGCUCUUGGCAUCAUCAUCAACUACAUCAAUGGCACACUGGUUCACACAUUCAGAAAACACCAGAUAUUCUACAUGAAUCCUCGUUACAUCCUGUACAUCCAUCUGGUGCUGAAUGAUACGAUAUAUCUUUUUACAUCAGUUAGCAUGUUUGUCUUUAGCUACACUUUGUACAAUAUGAGUGUUUCCCUCUGUUGUCUUUUUAUUGUUGUUGCUUUGUUUACCUCACACAACACUCCAUUAAACUUAGCUUUAAUGGCUGUGGAGUGCUACAUUGCUGUAUGCUUUCCUCUCCGAUAUGCUGAAUUCUGCACCAAUAAACGAAUAUAUAUUGUGAUUGGUUGUGUUUGGGUUUUUAGCUCACUGUCAUUUAUGACGGACAUGUUUUUUUAUUUGGCAAAGGAUCCAUUCUGGCUGUUUAAUUCAAUACCAAUAUGUAACAAGGAUAAACUGUUCAGUCACCCAGUCAGUGUACAAAAAGAAGAGAUAAUUUAUUUAUUGUAUUUAACAAUAGUCUGGUUCACUCUGAUCUUUACUUACUUGAAGAUCUACUUUGCAGCUCAAGCAGCUAAUUCAGCUAAUUCAGAACAGAAGGCCAGAAAUACAAUCCUGCUUCACGGUUUUCAGCUUCUGUUGAGCAUGCUAACGUAUGUGGAUCCUAUGAUUAAAAAACACUUUGUCAAUGUUCCUCAAUAUUUUAUAGAAUUACAAUGUUUCUGGUUCAUCUUUGUCCAUAUUCUUCCCAGGGUUGUCAGUCCCAUUGUGUACGGGUUACGAGACAGGACGUUUAGGCAGUGUUUGAAAAACUAUCUGUUCUGUAACAUCAGAGCAAGCAAUAAACUGUAUCACAGAAGGAAACCCCAGCUAGUGCUCUAAUGAUCCUCUCUACUGUUGCUACAUGUUUGCUUAGUAUGGGGAUUGCUGUAAAGUCAGUGACACACGUCAGUGACCCAACACAUUCAGCUGGGUUUCCUUCCAUUGGAAACGUAACUAAAAAUUUAAGUGAAUUUAACUCAAUGCACUGAUAAAAAGGUUCAAUUGGAAUGUUUGCUGUGUAAAGUGCCUUGAGAUGACUUGUUGUGAUUUGGUGUUAUAUAAAUAAACUGAAUUGAAUUGAAUAUCAACCAAAUCUGUCAUUUUUGCAUUAUUUUUCUAAUGCUGUGUACAUACUGUUGAGCAUCCACAGUGAUAAAUUUGAAAGAAAAAAGCAGAUGUUGACAUGUGACAUUUCUGACACUGCGAUACACUAAUUGUCAGCUAUCAUGCUUGUUUCUUAAACUCUGGUGAAUAAGAAGGUAAUCAUGCCUAUUUAAAGCAGGUUUAAGGUGAAGAUUUAUCAUAAGUUAUAAAGAGGAGUGGGCUUUAUAUUUAAAAUAUAGUGACCUGUCUGGAACAUCAGCAUUUGUUCUCUGGAAGGCAGGGAAAGCAACUAGGAACACAGUUUCAUUUAGUGAUUAAUCACUCCUCCUUCAUCACCAGUUAGAUUAAGGUGUUAAAAAUACAAACGCAAAGAAAGACUAGACUAGGAAUGCAGCAUAUGACUCCAAAAGAAUAAACAUACACUGAUAAAUAGUAAAUGGCCUUUGUUUAUAUAAAGUCUUCUAUGGUUCUAAACCCCCCAAGGCACUUUACAACUAACCAGUCAUUCACAUAUGCACAUUCACACACAGGCAAUGACAUCCUACAACAUAUAUGUCAGACACAAGGCCACAUCUGGCCCGUGGAGCAUUUUUAUGUGGCCCGCGAGAUAAAUAUAAAAUUGAUUAAAACUGACCUGCUUGCCGA